AUGGAAAUUUUAACAUUUAUAAUUUAUUUAAUUACAUUUUUCAUUCUUUUUGAUUUCUAUAAAAAAAAUAAAAGAUAUAGUAAAUCACCAAAUAAAGAAGCAAAUGGACCAUGGUCACUUCCUAUCAUUGGUGGAUUACAUUUAAUUGGUGAUAGACCAAAUAGAUCAUUCUCUGAAUUGUCAAAGAUUUAUGGUGGGAUUUAUAAGAUUUGGUUAGCUGAAAGAAUGUUAAUGAUUGUUACAGACCCAGAGAUAAUUCAAGAUAUUUGGAUUAAACAACACGAUAAAUUUGUAAAUAGACCACACAAUAUUACAAGUCAAAUAUUUUCAUUAAAUCAUAAAUCUUUAGUAUUUGGUGAUGUUGAUGAAUGGAAUAAAGUUAGACCAAAGAUGACAUGUCAUUUCACUAAAAUUAAAUUAAAUUCAACAAAGCCAAAACAAAUUGUAAAUGAUCAAUUAAAAAAAAUGUUAAAAAUAAUGACAACACAUUCAUUAGAUUCUAAACCAUUUAAUCAAUAUGUUUAUUUAAAUACAUAUUCAAUGAAUAUUAUACUUGGGUUAAUGUUAUCAAUUGAAUUACCACAUUCAAAUAGUAAUGAUAAGGAUGGACAAUUUUCAAAGGUAUUACAUUCAAUUGAUGAAAUAUUUAAAUCAAUUGGAACAAAUGGUCCAGAAGAUAUAUUUCCAACAUUAUUACCAUUUUUUAAGAAUAGAAUAUCAACAUUUACAAAUCAUUUAAAUGUAAUUAAAGAUUUCAUUAGAUCAAUUUAUAAACAACAAAUUAAAACAUUUGAUAUUAAUAUUGAACCAAGAAAUAUUAUGGAUUGUUUAAUUUCUGAAUAUUAUGAAGAUGAUGACCAAGAGGAUGAAGUUGCUAAACAAGAAUUAAUUAUUCAAUUAUGUAUUGAUAUGUUAGUUGCUGCAACUGAUACAUCUGCAAGUACAUUGGAAUGGUUUAUGUUAUUUAUGAUCAACAAUCCAAAUUUACAAGAAGAUCUUUAUGAAGAAGUUGUAAAUGUAGUUGGUAAAGAUUGUCCAUAUGUUACAUUUGAUGAUGUACCAAAAUUAGCUUUAAUCAAAGCAUGUUAUUUUGAAAUACUUAGAAUUCGUCCAGUUACAUCAUUAUCAUUACCACGUGUUUCUAUGGAAGAUACAACCACUUUAAAUGAUAUUUUCAUUCCAAAAGAUACAAUUAUCAUUCAAAAUAUUUUCGGUAUGGGUAAUUCUGAAAAAUUCGUUUCAAAUCCAACUGUUUUCAAUCCAUCAAGAUGGUUAGAAUAUAAAAAAAUGAAAGAUUUAAAUCAGUUUGGUAAUAGAGAUGAUAGUAUUGAUACUACCAAUACUACUACUAAUACCACUUUAAAUGGUACCACUAGCAAAUACUAUAAUGAUUUGGAAAGAGUUUCAAUCCCAUUUGGUGUUGGUAAAAGAAGAUGUAUGGCACCGAGUAUGGCUGAUCAUAAUGUUUUAAUUGCAAUGGCAAAUAUUGUUUUAAAUUUCACAAUGAAAUCAAGUGAUCCAAAACAAAUGCCACUCUCUGAAGAAGAACAAUAUGCAAUCACUAUUAAACCAAAAUAUCCAUUCAAAGUAUUAUUUGAAAAAAGAUCAUAA